UUUUGUUGGCCUUUGUGGUUGGUUCGCUCAGUAGGCUUUGACCCUAUGGCCAUGUAAGGGUUGUUUGCUGGUCAAAUGCUUGGUAACGUUGGAACGAAUGAGUAAGUUGGGAGGUAAGCUACGAAAUUGAAAUGAUGAUGAAAGGCAGGCAUUGCCGAUAUAGUAUGUGCAAUCUUGGAGGAUGAUCCUACAUAGCCAAGUGUGUGCAGUACAAAGUUGUUAUUAUAAUUUUGUUGUUAUGUGCAAUGCCUGUUCUCUAUACGCUUACACUAAUGUGAGCUCACGUAUAUUGCGCGCUGAGACUGAUUAGAUAAUUGUUUGUGCUGUUUAAGUUCUGAGUUUGCUAGCUGAUUUUUGACCCCCACAUAUAAGACAUGAGAGUCGGAUAUAGUAUUUUCAACUGGUAUGGCAAACAUAGAUCAUCAAGAUCUUCGAUGCCGCAACUUUAGAUCUACAUUUUCUGCAGACAGGCUACGGAAGUCUGAGGAUAUAUUUCGUAUUCACAAUGUACGGGAUCGUCAUAUUCGAUCGCAUCGCCAGCCAUAUGUGCAAAAAACAGUAACGACAACAAUACCUACAUCUAUAAUGAACAGCUGCAAUGGGGCGCAACAGUAUGAAGCUUCUAUUCAAUGCUCACAUAUUCAUACGUUCCAUGCCACGUUACAACGAUGGCAGGCACAGCCUACGUUAGUAACCAAUCUGCUCCUGCUUGGCUUGUUUGAAGAAGAAAAAUGGGAUUCUGCCAACAUUCAGGGCGAAUCAAAAGGCAUUGAUGUCAUAAUCAACAUCACUUUGACUGUAAAUAGUAACUAUAUGCAAGACUCUUUUACACUUGGAGAUAUUCGAUGCAUGAAGUCGUUGUGGAGGUCUUGGGUACGCGACGGAAUGAUGCACUUCACUGGUCUGUAUUUUGCUGUUUUGGGGGGUGCCUAUAGCUCUCUUGCAAAAGCAAACAGUCGAUAUGCUUUGAAAGCAGGAUCUCUAGCAAUACGUCAAAUACAGCUUGCGCAGAAACUGAACGAUACUGUUCAAGAAUGCAAAUGCUGGCUUUAUUAUGCAGAAGAUUUAAUUCAUCUUGGUAAAUUGGCAAAGGCUCGAAGGAUUUUGAGAAAACAAUAUCGAUUUGCGUAUGACAAUCAAAAUGAGCUGGUAAGUAGAUACCUGAAUAUUGCCUUAUUCAUCACAAGCAGACUAAACCAUUUGCAUUUAAAGCUCGAGAAAAUGUGCCAAUCUGUAGAUAACAAGUUGAAAGUUGCGGAAGAAGUAAGAAAGUCUGAAGACAUGCAAACUCAUCUCGUGCGCCGAAUGGAUUCAAUUUCGAUAUAAUCGCACUACCUUUAUACGAUCCACAUAGGUUCUAUGGUCGAAAUUCACUUUUACUUGCUUCAAGCCAACAGAUAGGUUGUAAUUUUUACGGUGAUCUGUAGAUGGUUUUGCUGUAGUUAUAUAUCCCGUAUUCGUAUGGACCUUAGAUAAUGAUCGAAGUUUAUGAUAGCUGGAAGAAACUAGUCGUCAACAUUAUAUUCGAACUAUAUGUCUUCAAUGUCCAAUAAAAG